AUGGCCAAAAAGGCGAAGUCACAGCGUCUCUCCUCACUGAGGAUUGCGAUCAUCCACCCAGACCUGGGCAUCGGUGGGGCCGAAAGGCUCAUCGUCGAUUCUGCACUGGGACUGCAGAGAAAGGGACAUGAAGUGGAGAUAUUCACGAGUCAUCAUGACCCGAAGCAUUGUUUUGAAGAGACGGCCAAUGGCUCUCUCAAAGUAACAGUCGUGAAUCCAGGCAUACCUGCCUCUCUCCUCGGCCAUUUCCGCAUAAUCUUCGCCAUCCUCCGUCAACUCUACAUCUAUUUCUAUCUCUACCUGCUCAUCACCCUCCCGCACAGCGUGUUGCGAAUCUUCGGACUCCAGCAGAUCCCUUCCCCCGAUGUAUUCCUCAUCGACCAGCUGUCGACUGUCACCCCGCUCGUAAGAUGGUUCCUGCUCAGGAGGGUGGUGUUCUACUGUCAUUUCCCGGAUAAGCUGCUGAGCGGCGGGAAAGCGGCGAAUGCGGACGGGGAGAUCCUCAAGGAGGGGAUUGUAAAGCGCAUAUACAGGAUGCCUAUAAAUGUGCUCGAGGAGAUUACCACUGGGAAUGCUGACCUCGUUAUCGCCAAUUCUCUCUUUACGGCACGCGUCUUCAAGAAAGCCUUCCCGAUGCUGUCCAAGACUCCGCGCGUAAUAUACCCUGGGAUCAACUUAGCUGCAUACCAACAGGAUGCUCUGGAGGAUACGGAUGAUGCGAGAUCUAUCCGUAAGAUCACCGCUGAUGUCCCUUUCAUCCUCAGCACAAACCGUUUCGAGGAGAAGAAAAAUAUUGCGUUAGCCGUAGAGGCAUUUGCGCAAUACCGCGCUACCCACAGGCCGACGCGCAACACCCCUCUCCUACGACUCGUCCUUGCAGGAGGAUACGACCCUCGACUGGAGGACAACGUCCGCACACUUGCUCACCUUCGCACGCUGUGCGAUGAGUCCAAGCUCAGUUACGCCAUUGUCUCUCCCCAAACGUUCGAUCUUCCCACGCCUGCACCAUCCGUCGACCCCUCAGGAACAGACGUGAUCUUCCUCCUCAACUUUACGACCGCACAGCGCACCACCCUCCUCCUUUCCCCACAGAACCUGCUUCAGCUCUACACGCCGACCAAUGAGCACUUUGGUAUCGGCCCUGUAGAGGCUAUGGCAUGUGGCGUACCGGUAUUAGCGACGAACACUGGCGGCCCGAUAGAGAGCAUAGUCGAUGAGCCGGAGGCAGAGCGAACGGGGUGGUUGUGCCCUGCCGACCCGGAGAAAUGGGCCGAAGCGAUCGACCAAGUCGUCCGUUUGUCCGCUCCAGACAAAGCCGCCCUUGCCGAGCGAGCAAAAGAACGAGUGCGCAUCAACUUCACCCAGGAGAUCAUGUGCGAGCAACUGGACCUCGCUCUCUGGAGCAUAUGGGAACAGGGGUCGAUGGAUCACCGGAUGAGGGACGCGUUGUGUACUAUGCCUAUCGCUGCUGCUGCGGGGAUGGUGAGCUUGAGGUUUGGGCUUGCGGAGGAUGUUAGCUGGAUCGUCACGCUGGCUACAUUUGUUGCUGUGGCCGUAUAUUUAAGCAACAGUUAUUAG